UGGAUAAGAGCGUCUGCUAAAUGACGUAAAUGUAAAUGUAAUAAUGGUGGUGUGACUAUCUUAAAACAAUGCCAUAUGUUAGCUUAGUAGAAUCCUUCUCCAGGCUAAGACUUUUAUAGGUUAAAUAUUCAAAUGAAACACACAUCUAAUCAAACCUUUUGAAAAGUGAAGUAAGUUUGUAGUCUGAACUGAAGUAGUUGAGUAGGAAGUUGUAGAAAACGGCUUGAUUGUAAUUUCUACAACCUUCCAUUGGAGGUCGCUAUUCAUGAAACAGACCUGUCCUAAAAUACCGCGAUAGUUCAAUUGCUAUGCUCAUGAUUGCUCAGUCUCGCGAUUUUUGGAAGACCCCAUGUUGCUUGGUCUCCACUAGAUAGUACAUUUAGACUUUCUGGUCGCGCUAUCGCAAAAAUGUGUUAAUGUAAGGUUAGGAUUAAGCAUAAGUGUGGUUACGGUUAGGUUUACAAUCAAAAUUUAAAUAGAUACAUUUUAGAAAUAGGCGGGGUUUAUAACUGUGGCAACGACCAUGUUUCUGUUUCCUGUACAGAAACCCCGAAGCAACAAUAGCUCACUUAGGCCGUUUACCAUUGGAAAAAAAUAAGUCAGUUCCGGUCUACUUAACUGAGUGUGUCUCACAUAGACACCAAUACAAUAGCAGCUGGGUCCAUUAAACCAGAAGAAAAAAAAUAGAGUGGGGUGUCUCGCUUCCUUUUCACUCUGCGGAAGCCCUUCUCCGCAACCAAACUUCACACCCCGGCUGCAUACAAGGGAAGGUCCACCGCUGCACCCCCCAAACCUUCGAAGGCCAACCAUCCUCGGUCAGUGACCAGUCCUGUCAACCACCGCCGCUGUCCUUUCCGUGAGACCUGAGUGGCGAGGGCCGCUCCGAUUUGAAGAACGCACCACACGAUUUUCGUAGGGGAGCCGGUUCUAGAAUCUAGUUAUCGCCUAGCAGCUAGCUUGCUAGCUAGCCAAGAAGCGAAAGGAACAGUAACGUUAAUGUGUUGUGUAAGAAAUACAGAUAGUUUGUGAAAUAUUCUGUACUCGUUAACUAGCUAAAUUAGCUAUCUAAAUAGCCAAAUGCACCUGACCUGAUGGUGACGUGCAUCUGGGAUUGUCUUUAAACACUUAUCUGCCAUGCUCGCAAAGUAACGUUAACCAGCUAAGUCACAGACCGCCAGCAACAUUUACCCCUGUUGCUCUUUUAGAACAACGUUGAAAUAUCAGUUAAUUGUAUUGAUUUGCUUCGGAAAGUCGUCCAGGGCACUGUCAAAUAUUUCGAAAUGGCUCCGAAGAGAAGACCCGUUCCCCUAAAUAUCACGCCCAUUGGAGAGGGGCAGUCCAUCUCCACGAACAUCGAUGCUGCGUCUGAAGCCAAUCUGGAGGCGUUACAGAAGAAGCUAGGAGAGCUAGAUUUGGACGAACAGCAGAGGAAACGUCUGGAGGCUUUCCUCACCCAGAAAGCCCAAGUGGGCGAGCUGAAGGAUGAUGAUUUCCACCCCAUAUGUGAGCUGGGCGCUGGCAACGGUGGAGUGGUCAACAAGGUCCGCCACAAACCCUCCAGACUGGUCAUGGCCCGGAAGCUCAUCCACCUGGAGAUUAAGCCUGCCAUCAGGAACCAGAUCAUCAGAGAGCUGCAGGUGCUCCAUGAGUGUAACUCUCCCUACAUCGUGGGUUUCUACGGGGCCUUCUACAGCGAUGGCGAGAUCAGUAUCUGUAUGGAGCACAUGGAUGGAGGCUCUCUGGAUCAGGUACUGAAGGAAGCCAGGAGAAUCCCUGAGGAGAUCUUGGGCAAAGUCAGCAUAGCAGUACUCAGAGGACUUGCCUAUCUGCGGGAGAAGCACCAGAUCAUGCACAGAGACGUCAAGCCCUCCAACAUCCUGGUGAACUCACGCGGGGAGAUCAAGCUGUGUGACUUUGGCGUGAGUGGCCAGCUCAUCGACUCCAUGGCCAACUCCUUCGUGGGAACGCGCUCCUACAUGUCGCCGGAGAGACUGCAGGGCACACACUACUCUGUGCAGUCGGACGUGUGGAGCAUGGGCCUGUCCCUGGUGGAGCUGGCCAUCGGCCGCUACCCCAUCCCCCCGCCUGACGCCAAGGAGCUGGAAGCUAUCUUUGGCCGGCCUGUACAGGACGGAGCCGAGGGGGAACCACACGCCCCCUCCAACCGCCUCCCCAGACCACCAGGAGGACGACCAGUCAGCGGACAUGGGCUGGACAGUCGACCUGCCAUGGCUAUAUUUGAGCUGCUGGACUACAUUGUCAAUGAGCCUCCUCCCAGGCUUCCACUCGGUGUCUUCACCAACGAUUUCCAGGAGUUUGUGACAAAAUGUCUGAUCAAGAAUCCAGCGGAGAGAGCUGACCUGAAGAUGCUGAUGAACCACACGUUUAUCAAGCGUGCUGAGGUGGAGGAGGUGGACUUUGCUGGCUGGAUGUGUAAAACCAUGGGCCUCAACCAACCCAGCACCCCCACCCGCGUCACAGAAUGAACAGCCCAGCGCCAAGCUGCUUCCCACAUUAGGAUCCCUGGUGUCUCACUGUCACACACACACACACUUUGGCACCUGUUUCGUCUUGCUCUUAAAGGUUUUAGCACUCUCUCUAAAGUACACUUAUCAUCAACAGGGCCCAUUGACUCAUUGUAUGACCACAGAUUUCCCAUGCCAGUGUCAGGGUAGAUCUACACACAAGUCAUGCUCUUUUUCUCCAAUCAUCAUGUUAACGAGAAGGUACAAAGCAUGAAAGGGCUGCCAGUUUAUAAUUUAUUAAUUGCCAUUGUUAUCAUCUUACCACAUUUGUAUUGUGGCCUCCUGUAGCUCAAUUGGUAGAGCAUGGCACUUGCAACGCCAGGGUUGUGGGUUCGAUUCCCACGGCGGGCC